AUGGAGGACACGAAACAGAUACCAGAGGUACUAUGGACACCUGCCAAUGCAAACCGGACACCUAUGGACGAAUAUCGCCGGCAUGUCAACAAAAGGUACUACCAGAAUCUACGGACAACUCGAGACCUGCAUCGGUGGAGUGUCGAUAAACCGCAAGACUUCUGGCUUGAUCUGUACAGCUACCUAGACUUCACACCACGACUUCCAGCCGACUUGACGAAAGCCUACGAUGACACUGUGCCCAUGAGCUCGAACCCUCCCUUCUAUCCUGGCUUGAGGUUCAAUUAUGCCGAGAAUGCGAUCUUCAGCAAGCCGGACCCGAAUGCAAUGGCUCUCGUCGGGUUGCGGGAAGGUAUCGAUCUUACUCGAGAAGAUGGCGAAUUGGUCACCUGGCACGAGUUCCGCGAGAAGGUCAGGCUAGUAUCAAGUGCACUACGACGAAGUGGUGUCAAGCAGGGCGAUCGCGUGGCAGCUCUAGUCGCGACGUCAAUAUGGGCCAUGGUUCUCUUCCAUGCCAGCGCAGCAAUUGGUGCCAUCUUCACCUCAAUCAGCCCAGAUCUGGGUCUCGAAGGCUGCGUCUCCAGGUUGCAGCAAGUCUCACCCUCCAUUCUCUUCGCCGACAGCGAUACAGUGUACAAGGGAAAGACCGUUUCGACAGAGGACAAAGUCAGGCAGAUAGUGGCGAGGCUACAGCCCAAGCCACAGACAUAUGUCAUACCGAUCGUUUCGUCGAUCAGCGCAUUCCCUCCUGUCGAUGUCUUCAUGUCGAGAGCGAACGCUUCCGACCCUUUGACAUUCGCACCGACCUCAUUCAACGAUCCUCUGAUGAUCUGCUACAGUUCAGGUACCACAGGUGCACCAAAGUGUAUCGUCCAUCGACAUGGCAUCCUACUGCAGACAAAGAAGAUCUCAGCCAUCCACAACUCGACAACCACAACAGAUGUUAUCUUACAGUACUCCUCGACAUCUUGGGUUGUGUUCUACGUAAUGUGCGGCUACUUUGCAUGCGGCGCAAAGACAAUCGUCUAUAAUGGUAGUCCAAUGUAUCCCGACGCGAAACAGCUCCUGCGGAUGGUGGAAAAGUACAAGGUAACAUACUUUGGGACAUCUCCCCGAUAUCUGCUUGAGGUUGAGAUGUCGAAGACUGUACCCAAGCAAGAGUUCGACCUAUCAUCGAUGCGAAUUGCAUACACGACAGGCGCAACCUUAUCGCCCGAGCAAUACCGCUGGUUCUACUCGUCGUUCCCGUCCGAUGUUCACCUCUGCAAUACAGCAGGCGGCACAGAUACGGCUACCUCCCUAGUAGCAGCAGACCCCUGUGGACCCAUCAGAGCUGGGGAGAUGCAAAUUUUCAGUCUCGGCACUGAUGUCGACGUCGCGGACCCAAAUACUGGCGAUUCCAUCCUGAAUACGGGAGAAGCAGGCGAGAUGAUCAUACGAAAGCCUUUCCCAAGCAUGCCUUGCUUCUUCUGGGGUGAUAAGGAGAACAAGAAGUAUAGGGAGAGCUACUUCGAGCGGUACACACAUAUUGAUGUGUGGGCUCAGCACGAUUGGCUGAGCUGUAAUCCAAAGACAGGAGGCCUGAUUAUGCAUGGAAGGAGUGAUGGAGUACUUAAUCCCUCAGGCAUCAGAUUCGGCAGUGGCGAGAUCUACGCCAUUGUAGAAGCUGCUCCACUCAACACGAGAAUCCUAAACAGUCUCUGCGUAGGUCGACGGCGACCACAAGACAAAGACGAGGACGUCUUCCUCUUCGUCCAGAUGGCUGCUGGACAGUCACUCACUCCGGCUUUCCGAGCAGAAAUCAAAGCGGCCCUACGUACAGCACUCUCGCCUCGCCACGUGCCUCGAUUCGUGCUCGAAGUGCCUGACAUACCGGUCACGAUCAACGGCAAGAAGGUCGAGACAGCGGUCAAGCAGGUCCUGGGUGGAAAAGAUGUGCAGGCGAGCAAUACGGUCAUGAAUCCGGGCAUGAUACCAUACUUUAAGCGCUUCCGAGAUAUCGAGAGCGAGCCUAGAGAUGCGAAGUUAUAG